CUAGGUGAGUUCUUGGAGGCCCCAGUGCAAGGUGUUUGUGUCCCUACCUGUCCCCAAGACCUGACUGCACUGAAAAGGAACCACCUCAAGAGCCUGACCCAACCAAACAUUUAAUGCCAGCACUGAACUGGCCGAGGCAGGGCGAUUCUUGAGACUAACCCGGUUUACACACGGAAUUCAGGCCAGCCAAGCCAAAUAGUGAGACGUGUCUCUGCCCCCUCGCGACCCCCCUUUCCCUCCCCUCCUCAACAAAAAAGGGAACCUGACCCAUGAAAGCCACAGGGUGCUGGGGACUUCAGGCAGUCUUCAUAACAUCAGUUCUUCACAGGGGGCGCCCUAAAUCUAAAAGACUGGACCGGGAGCUCGGUUUAGUCACUGAACGGGGCAGGGUUCUGGGGCGGGCAACCCAGGCUUUUGGGUAACAGAAAUCUAGGAAAGGGACACCUUGACCAGCUGAGGCUCAGUUACGAAGAGCCUGGGAGGAAGCAGUGGGGGCUAGUCAGAAGUCCGAUGGCGGCUUCCUGGAGAGGCGUGUCAUCUCGGGGCGUGGCAGAGGUUGGGCGGGGCGACACCACUGGGCUGGAGGAGGCAGGAAAUCGGGGCUGGUCCUGGCGGCGCAGCCCUGUCCCUGUCUCGGCUCCGCAGCAAGUACCCCCACCCCCGCCCCCGGGUCUCACCAUGGACGCUACGGAGACAGAGCUGACCCCAGCUCCUGAGGGCAGGAAGAGGUACAGUGACAUCUUCCAGAGCCUGGACAACCUGGAGAUAUCGUUGGGGAACGUGGCUUUCGACCCCUUGGCUGGAGACCUUGUACUCAGACAGGACCUGGAGCCAGACAAGACCGCCACAGCCACGGUGAGCAGUGAAGCCAGAUGGAGUGAUCCCUCCCCAGAGGGUCCCGUACCCCUCACAGAGGAAGAACUAGAUUUGCGACUCACUCGGACGAACGGUGGCGUGGAUGCUGCCUUGGAGUAUGCCAAGGCAUGGAGCCGCUAUGCCAAGGAGUUGCUGGCCUGGACAGACAAGAGGGCCAGCUACGAGCUGGAGUUUGCUAAGAGUGUCAUGAAGAUCGCUGAGGCCGGCAAGGUGUCCAUUCUCCAGCAGGUACCCUUCCCUAGAGCCCCCAGGUCCUCUGUUCCUGAACGAGCCCUGCACUCCGCCCAGAGCCAAAUGCCACUCCAGUACAUCUACACCCUGUUUCUGGAGCAUGAUCUCAGCCUGGGAGCCCUGGCCGUGGAAACGCUGGCCCAGCAGAAGAGAGACUACUACCAGCCUUUAGCAGCCAAAAGGAUGGAAAUUGAGAAGUGGAGAAAGGAAUUCAAGGAGCAGUGGCUGAAGGAGCAGAAACGCAUGAAUGAGGCGGUGCAGGCACUACGGCGCACCCGGCUCCAGUACAUUCAACGCAGAGAGGACCUUUGGGCACGUUCCCAGGGGUCCCCUGAGGAUCCUCCUCCCCAGGCAUCUCCCGGAUCCAGCAAGCAGCAGGAGCGCAGACGACGCUCCCGAGAGGAGGCACAGGCCAAGGCACAGGAGGCAGAGGCUUUGUACCAGGCCUGCAUCCGGGAGGCCAAUACACGCCAGCAGGAUCUGGAAACCACCAAGCGGCGGAUAGUGUCACAUGUACGCAAACUGGUGUUGCAAGGAGACGAAGUACUUAGGCGGGUGACGCUGGGCCUGUUUGAGCUGCGAGGGGCACAGGCAGAGAGAGGACCUCGAGCCUUCUCAGCUCUGGCUGAGUGCUGUGCGCCCUUUGAGCCUGGCCAGUGCUACCAGGAGUUUGUGCGGGCACUGCAGCCUGAGGCCCCGCCACCACCAUCUCCCGCCUUCUGCUUCCAGGAGUUCACGCCUGUGCUACACAGUUCCCCUCAGGACACAAAAAAGAAGUUUUUGGGGCCUCCACAUGCCAGGCUGGAGGAGGGUUACUCUGAGCCUGGCCCUUGGGACGAUACCAGCUCAGGCAGCCAAGGGAUGCCAGGCCCCACUCCAGUCAGUGAUGUGGACAGUGAAUCCCAGUCCCUGGAUUCCCCUACUUCCAGCCCAGGUGCCGCUACUCGGCGGCUUGUGAAGGUGUCGUCUAUAAGCACGGAGUCCUCUGAUGACUUUGAGGAACGAGACCCUGAUCUGGGGGAUGGGAUGGAGAAUGGACUAGGCAGCCCCUUCAGGAAGUGGACACUGUCCACAGCUGCUCAGACCCACCGGCUACGGCGGUUGCGUGGUCCAGCCAAGUGCAGAGAAUGUGAAGCCUUCAUGGUCAGCGGGACAGAGUGUGAAGAGUGCUUUUUGACCUGUCACAAGCGCUGUCUGGAGACCCUCCUCAUCCUUUGUGGACACCGACGGCUUCCAGCCCGGAUGCCUCUCUUUGGAGUUGACUUCCUACAACUCCCCAGAGACUUCCCUGAGGAGGUGCCCUUUGUGGUUACCCGGUGCACAGCUGAGAUAGAGCAUCGCGCCCUGGGCCUGCAGGGUAUCUAUCGGGUCAGUGGGUCUCGAGUGCGUGUGGAACGGCUGUGCCAGGCCUUUGAGAAUGGCCGAGUGCUGGUUGAACUGUCGGGAAACUCUCCUCAUGAUAUCACCAGUGUCCUCAAGCGAUUUCUUCAAGAGGUAGGUGGCUCUAGGCCUGAGGUGGUGGGCAAGAAUCACGCAGCCUCUGGCUCAGGACCCUCGGCAGCCCAUCCCCACUCCUGUCCCCACCAGCUCACUGAUCCCGUGGUCCCCUUCCACCUUUACGACGCCUUCAUCUCUCUGGCAAAGACCUUGCAUGCAGACCCCGGGGACGACCCUGGAACCCCCAGCCCCAGCCCUGAGAUUAUCCGCUCGCUGAGGACCCUCUUGGUACAGCUGCCUCCCUCUAACUACAGCACUGUGCGGCACCUGGUGGCCCAUCUGUUCAGGGUGGCUGCUCAUUUUGAAGAAAACAAGAUGUCUGCCAACAACUUGGGAAUUGUAUUUGGGCCUACGCUGCUGCGGCCACCAGAUGGACCCAGGGCCCCCGGAGUCAGCCCUGCGGCCUGUCUGCUGGACUCCAGUCACCAGGCUCAGCUUGUUGAAUUCCUCAUUGUGCACUAUGAGCAGAUCUUUGGAAUGGAUGAGCUCCCUCUGGCCUCGGAGCCCCUGACCCAAGAUCCUGGCCUGGCUCCCACACUCCUCGAAUCCAGUCCCCAGCACCCAGCCCCACUUCUUGCCCAAGACAUACAACCCCUGACCAUAGCCUCAGACUGCAGCCCAGAUCCCAAACUCCACAGUGCCCCGGAGAAGUGUCUGGAGGUCACACCUUCUGAGAUUGCAACUCUGCAGAGGGACCAAAGGGAAGAGAAGGAGGUGGAAAACACCAGAGAUGGGGCAGGAGAAGGGUCCAGCCACAACCCUGACGACUUGCUCCUGGGAACACAAUCCCGGGGCCACUUCAGUCGGCAGCCAGUGAAGUAUUCACGGGGAGGUGUACGACCAGUCACUCAUCAACUGUCCAGCUUGGCUCUGGUAGCUUCCAAACUGUGUGAGGAGACCCCUGUUACUGUUUCAACAGUGCACCGAGGUAGUUUGAGGGGACGAAGCCUGGGCCCUGCUGCUGCCUCCCCUGAAGGCAGCCCCCUGCGCCGAAACCCUCUGCCCAAGCACUUUGAGAUCACCCAGGAGACAGCCCGGCUACUCUCCAAGCUGGACACUGAGGCUAUGUCCAGGGCUACCUGUUGUUCUGACACUGAGCCUGAAGGAUCUGAGGAACAUCUCUGACCACCCACCAUCCCAGGAGACUCAGGACUGAGCUGAUGACCCCAUAUGUCUCUCUUCCUGCCCCACCUGGUAACCAAUUUAGUGGGGUGUGGGGAGAGACAGGUUACCAGAGAGUUGGGUAAGGAAGACCACCCAUCUUGGGAAGUCCUCACCAUCUCCCGGCCAGAGGAGGUUAAAACGGCCAGACAACACAGGUGCACAGGCGAAUCAGGAUCAAUGACUCAGUUGAAUCAGUAUUCAGUGGUCAAUACAGGUCCGAAGAUCCUUGGGGUUACCCCAGUCUCUGACCUCCAAGACAGAUGUCUGACUACUCUGAUCAUAAUAGCUCCUGGCCCUAGUACCACUUGCCUCCUUGACAGAUUCUACAUGAGUAGGUGGGUGGAGUUUAGCCCUCUCUCCUGCUUUUGUCUUUCUGGGUUUGUUUGUUUGUUUGUUUGUUUGUUUGUUUUGAGACGGGGUCCAUUGUAGCUCUGGCUGGUCUGGAACUUCCUAUGUAAACCAGGUUGUUAUAGAACUUACAGAAAUUCCCUCCUCCGAUUUGGAUUCUUAUAACCUCCGAAUAAAGCCACGUCCUGGUUGAAUACAACGAUGCUAACAGUGCUUGCUGCAAAGCCUGACCCACUUGGUAGUAGGAGAGAACCAAUUAUUGCAAAUUAUCUGCCUUCUGUCCAUAAACAUGUA